CAAAAAUAUACGCUCAUCGUACUUCAUAGUGAGAAAAGUCAACGAGUAUAUAAAUGCUCUGUCUUCUUCCUCGUUUUUGCAUCCCUUUUACUUUAUACCUUUAUUCUUUCUUUUUCAUACAAUUUCCUCUAUUUUCUUGUUUCGAUAACGAGAAAAAGAAGGUGGCUCCUAUAUACCCUACACCUCCCUUAAUAAACACAUUGAUAUAAUUUCAUUAUGGUCAUCAUAAACAGAUUAAUACCUAAUGGUUUGCUGAUUGAUAAUUUGCGUAUUAUUGAUGUUCUCGGCAAAGGCGCUUAUGGACAGGUUUAUCUUGCUCGCCAUGAAGAAGAGAACAAAUUAUACGCCAUUAAAACUAUCCCCUCUACCGCUACUCAUCAACUACAUCAGCAACCGCAGCAACAGCAUAGAGCAUCCGUAUUGCAGGAAAGAAUCGAAAUUGGACUACACGCUCGACUCACAGGCCAUCCAAACAUUAUCGAGCUUAAGAGAGUGAUUAGAGAUCAUCAUUUAAACUACACACAUAUUGUUAUGGAAUACGGUCCUGACGGCGACUUGUUCAGCACCAUCACGGAAAGAGAUUUGUAUGCCGGCAACCAUGCCUUGAUUAGAAAAGUCUUUCUUCAAAUAUUGGACGCAGUGAGUUAUUGCCAUGAAAACGGUGUCUAUCAUCGAGACUUAAAACCUGAAAAUAUACUCGUAUUCGAUGAAGGACGCACGGUCAAAUUGGCAGAUUUUGGUUUGGCCACAACAAACACAGUAUCGCAUGACUAUGGCUGUGGCAGUACGUUCUAUUAUUCACCAGAAUGUUGUGGUUGUCAUGGUAAUAGGGAUGGAUAUGCAACAGCACCCAAUGACAUAUGGGCAUUAGGCAUUAUUCUCAUCAACUUGGCGACCGGACGAAAUGCGUGGGGGUCAGCAUCUUUGAAAGAUGAGACUUUUCGCGCUUAUUUAGCCAACAAUAAUUUCUUAUUGAAUAUCCUGCCUAUCUCAAGAGAACUCAAUCGAAUCCUUAAAAGAAUUUUUUGCAUCAAUCCUGAACAUCGCAUUCAGUUGGAUGAACUACGAGAACGUAUUCGACAAUGUAGAUACUUCACUCGUACAGCUGAAGUAGAUCAAUGGGAAGAAUCAGUACGAAAAGCAAAAUAUGAACAGAAAAAAUGUAUGAAGAUCGCUUUACAGCAACAACAACUAGGUUACUUUGAUCUUAGGAAACCCAUAGACGCUCCCAUCACACCUCCUUCUACACCGCCACAUAUCACCGAUAAUAGAUCUACUUCACCUACUCUAUGGCAGCAACGCAUUGCUGUAACCACUACAAUCACUACUGAUGAAAGACCCAUUACACCUCCUUGAGAAAACUAACUUACAUACACACACUUAUAUCCAAGAUAUUCCGUCCUUUACAUGAUUAUGCUCUUUUUUGAAUUUAUCGAAUCACUAUACAGCCAAAUGUACCCUCUACAAGGUUGACCUUUGUAAGAGGCAUUAUGUACAUAUAUAUCCCUAUAAGUUUACCAAUACAUGAUUUUACAUAUGCUUCUCUCUCUAUAUCCUCCUGCUUAUUUCACUUCUAAGUCUUUAAUAAAAAUUCUAUUCUAUCUGUUAAAAUAAUUUGAUCCAUUUCAUAUGAAAGUCAUCUGAUCCCCACAAUUGCUAUAUUUGGGAAAACCAAGGAUUUGCAUUUUCUUUUUUUUUUUUUUU